UACUAUUAACUAGUACUAAUAAAAAGAGAGAAAGAAAAAAAAUGGUGCAAGAGGAAAUAAUGAGAAGAGGUCCAUGGACAGAAGAAGAAGAUAUGCAGCUUUUAUUUUAUGUUAAAUUAUUUGGAGAUCGACGAUGGGAUUUUCUUGCCAAAGUUUCAGGUUUGAAACUAAGGUGAUUGGCGGGAGACAAAUUAUAAAAAAAAAUAUGCAUCAUAGAAUAGGUUUGAAAAGAACAGGAAAGAGUUGCAGGUUACGUUGGGUUAAUUACUUGAAUCCUGAUCUUAAACGUGGCAAAAUGACUCCUCAAGAAGAACGUCUAGUUCUUGAACUUCACUCCAAAUUGGGAAAUAGAUGGUCAAGAAUUGCCCGAAAAAUACCAGGGCGUACUGAUAACGAAAUCAAGAAUUACUGGAGAACCCACAUGAGGAAGAAAGCUCAAGAACAAAGGAAAAAGUCUUCUAUUUCUCCAUCUUCAGCUUUUUCCAACUCUUCAUCGCCUUCUUCUUCUUCAAUCACUCACGUAGAAAAUGAAAGAAACUUCUACGAUACGGGAGGACUCGAGCUCUUGCAAGUUGAAGAAGAAAAAAAAUCUAAUGAUCAAGAACAAGAUGGAAAAAGUAUGAAAGUUUACUCCAUGGAUGAAGUUUGGAAAGAUAUUGAAUUAUUAGAAGAAAAUGAAGAAACAGUGAAUAAACCAAUUAUGGGGUCCAUUUCACCCCUAUGGGAUUAUUCCCUAGACUCACUUUGGAAAGAUUUUGAUUGGAGUAGCUUUCGAUAGGAACGUCCUUUUGAAUAGACGAGACAACAGACUUCGGAUAUUAUAUGGUAAAAUUGAUUAAAAAAGAAAAGACAGGUUAAUAGGAGGCUCAUUUAUUUGAAAAAACAAAAACAAAAUUAUUAUAGUUGGUUUUAGGUUUUACAAGAAAUAUAUUAAGUUCUAACUUGUAUAUUACUACUAGUAGUUGUGAAAAACUACAAAAAUAAUAAUUAAGAAUCUUAUGAUUAGAAGGUGCUAGGUCUCUCCUCUAAAGAUGAUCAAGUAGUAGUGCUUUGGAAGUCUGUUGUUGUAGCCAUUUGAUGAAUGCUUUAAAUUAAUUUCUAGUC